AAUCUCCAUAAACUUUCUCUUCAUCUCUGCCACCUUCUUCAUUUUCGUCUUUUGUUUCCGCCAUUUUUGUUUCCUCACUACCAUUCUUCAGCUAUGACUAAAAUUGCUGAUUCUGCCACAAAUCCGAAUCGCCAGAACAACCAAGAGCUUCCAAAUUCAAAUUCAAAGUCUAAUGGUUCGGAAUUUGAGGAGAAGAAGAAGAAGAAGAACAAUGAAGAAGCAGUGACAGUAACUGAUAAUCCUGUAGAAGAAGAAGAAGAAGAAGAAGAGGUUCCAAUGGAAACGGAGGUUGAAAAAGAAGAAGAUGAAAACUCUCUUUCACUUUCCCCUGCCACCGUUUUCCGCAUUCGCCUCAAUCAACCAACCUCCAAUUUACUUCAUAUCAUGUCUCUUCCUCAAAUUUCUCGCAAUUUCAGUGUUGUUUCUUGGUGUGGAAAAUUGAAUGCUAUUGCUUGUGCUUCUGAAACAUGUACCAGAAUUCCAAGCUCAACUGAAAAUCCACCAUUUUGGAUACCUAUACAUAUUGUGAUCCCGGAGAGGCCAACUGAAUCUGCAGUAUUCAAUGUCACAGCAGAUUCUCCUCGUGAUUCUGUCCAGUUUAUGGAAUGGUCCCCUGCCUGUUGUCCCCGUGCAUUAUUGAUAGCAAAUUUCCUGGGGAGGGUAACUAUUUGGACUCAACCAUCUCAAGGGCCAGCUAAUCUUGUAGUUGACACUGGCUGCUGGCUGCGUGAGCAUGAGUGGCAGCAAGAUAUUGCAGUUGUUACAAAGUGGCUAUCGGGGGUGUCUAUGUAUAGGUGGCUUCCAUCAAAAUCAAGUGCUACCUCCAAUUCGAAGUCAGUAUUUGAAGAAAAGUUUGUUUCACAACAACCUCAAACUUCAGCUAGAUGGCCCAAUUUUCUUUGUGUCUGUACUGUAUUUUCAUCAGGCUUGGUUCAACUUCACUGGUCCCAAUGGCCUCCUAGUCAGAAUGCAACACCACCCAAAUGGUUUUGCACUAGUAAAGGAUUAUUGGGUUGUGGGCCCAAUGGCAUUAUGGCUGGCGAUGCUAUCAUCACAGACAGUGGUACCUUGCAUGUGGCCGGUGUGCCAAUUGUUAACCCAUCUACCGUUGUUGUAUGGGAGGUUAUGCCUGGGCCCGGAAAUGGGUUCCAUUUAACUCCAAAGACAAGUAUUAAUAAUGGUGUCCCUCCUCUUAGCCCACCCAACUGGAGUGGUUUUGCACCUUUAGCUGCAUACUUAUUUAGUUGGCAAGAUUAUCUGUUAUCUGAAGAAAAGCAAGGGAAAAACCAAAUGGACCAAAACCUUGGUGAAUCAAUACCACUUCACUGCUCACCAGUUUCAAAUUUUUCAGCAUAUGUGACUCCUGAAGCCGCAGCGCAAUAUACAGAAACCACAACCUGGGGUUCUGGUGUAACAGCCGUAGCCUUUGAUCCGACUCGUGGUGGUUCUGUAAUAACUGUUGUGAUAGUUGAGGGGCAGUACAUGUCCCCUUAUUAUCCAGACGAGGGCCCAUCAAUCACAGGGUGGAGAGUUCAACGAUGGGAAUCAUCUUUUCAGCAUGUUGUCCUCCAUCCAAUAUUUGGAAAUCCUACUUCCAGUAUGGGUGGAAAGCCUCCUAUGCAAACUGUUUGGCAGUCCAAAGUGGACAUGAGUAUUCCACCAACAAAUGGUUUCAACAAUCAUCAAACACCUCCAGUUGAAAUGAAUGCUAAUGUGCAAAAGGCAUCCGAGUCUGGUUCUAAUAACUCAAAAGGGGUCAAUUUUGAUCCUUUUGAUCUUCCAAGUGAUAUUAGGACACUCGCACGAAUUGUAUUCUCAGCUCAUGGUGGUGAAAUUGCAAUUGCUUUUCUUUGGGGUGGAGUCCAUGUAUUUUCUGGUUUAAAUUUUGCACCGGUAGCCAACUAUCAGAUUAAUGUCGGGUCUGCAAUUGCUGUUCCUGCUUUUUCUGCAACAAGCUGUUGUUCAGCUUCUGUUUGGCAUGACACAAGCAAGGGUCAGACCAUAUUGAAAAUAAUCAGGGUUCUUCCUCCUGCUAUUCCAAUUGGUCAAGUGAAAGCAAACUCAUCAACUUGGGAACAUGCAAUAGCUGAAAGGUUCUGGUGGAGCCUUUUGGUUGGAGUUGAUUGGUGGGACGCUGUGGGUUGUGCACAGAGUGCUGCUGAGGAUGGUAUUGUUUCCCUCAACGGUGUUAUUGCAGUCUUAGAUGCGGAUUUCCAUUCCCUUCCUACUGCUCAGCACAGACAACAGUAUUGUCCUAGUCUAGACAGGAUAAAGUGUAGGCUACUUGAAGGAUCAAAUGCACAAGAGGUCACUGCAAUAGUUCUGGAUAUGCAAGCUAGGUUGUUGUUGGAUAUGCUCGAGAAGGGAAUUGAGUCUGCUUUAAUAAAUCCUUCAGCGUUAGUGCCUGAUCCAUGGAAGGCAUCUAGUGAGACAUUAUCGAGCAUUGGCCUCGAAGCAGCGGCUGUUGAACCUGCACUAAUUCCAAGUAUUCAGGCCUAUGUUGAUUCAGUUCUUGAUCUGGCUUCACAUUUUAUCACACGGUUGCGGAGGUAUGCUGGUUUCUGUCAUACAUUGGCAAAUCAUGCUGUGACUGCGGGGACUGGAAGCAACCGAAAUAUGGUUGCUAGUGCUGCCCAAAAUUCAACAACUCCUGCAACAAAUCAAGGAGGCGAAAAUGAGACAACCAAUUCUACUGGAAGCAAGCAGAUGAAAGCUUGGGUACGAGGGACUUUUCCCGGAAUACCUGCAGUUCGACUUAUUGGGGACUGUUAUUUCCUUCAUAGAUUAUGCCGACUUGUGUUCUUCUGCUUUUUCUUUCGAAGAUCACAACUUCCCCGCAAUACGAGUGGUGUGCAGAGAUCUGCUGAUACAAAUACACAAAAGCCACAACAUAAUGCUUUUGUUACUGUCAAGGUGGAGGAAAAUGCAAAACCAGUGCCCAGUUUGGUUAGGUCAGAUGACAGUCAGACAGGUCGAGUUGGUGAGGUUGUGACUGGGUCAAAAGGAUGUGAAGAACUGUCUCUAGGGCGUUCAAGACUUGGAAAUGGAAAUGCAGGCCGAGGGUAUACUUAUGAUGAGGUCAAGGUUCUUUUUCUAGUCCUUAUGGAUCUCUGUUUCCGAACUUCGAAGCUGCAACACCCCUUGCCAGUUUCUCAGGUGGGGAGUAGUAACAUUCAGGUCCGGCUUCAUUAUAUUGAUGGGAACUACACUGUACUUCCAGAGGUUUUGGAAGCAUCCAUUGGCCCACAUAUGAAGAGCAUGCCCCGUCCUAGAGCUGCUGAUGCCGCUGGUCGUCUACUACGCGAGCUAGAACUCUACCCUCCAGCAGAAGAGUGGCAUCAAUGGAAUAUGGUUGGUGGACCUUGGACUGAUUCAGAUGAUGAGGAUUAUGCAAAUGAUGUAUCAAAACUUGUUAGUUUAAAUCCACUUGAUUCCAGUUCAUUGGAAAAUAAUGAUAUCUAUUAUGGAGCCAAUGGCUUGUGGCCAAGGAAACGCAGGAUGUCUGAGCGAGAUGCAGCUUUUGGGUUGAACACUUCAGAGGGUCUGGGAGCUUAUCUUGGUAUAAUGGGAUCUCGAAGAGAUGUUAUUUCUACACUAUGGAAGACUGGUCUUGGAGGGGUGUGGUACAAGUGCAUAAGAUGUCUCCGGCAGACUUCUGCUUUUGCUUCACCAGGUUCCACCAACCUUCCUAGUCAAAAUGACCGGGAGAGUUGGUGGGUCAGCCGCUGGGCGUACAGCUGUCCAAUGUGUGGUGGAAGAUGGGCUCGAGUUGUAUAGCUAGCUGGCUCCAUUACAAAAAUUGUCACCGUGUGAGUUUCGUUUUGGUUGAGGGAAGAAACACAUAAUUGUGGUUAACUGUAGAAACUGUUGUACAGGAAAGAAGUGAUGUAGAUUGUUGUUGAUCAAAUAAAAUGUGAUUUCUCGUCCUACUGAUCUUCUUGUUGGGUUCCAACUAUUAUAAGUGCAGGUUUUUAUGGGCAUUGGCAAAAAUUUGGCUAAUUGCAACCCAAUUUAGCCAGAGGAGGUUAACAGUUUCAUCUGCUUCUUUUCACUAGUCAUGCUUUGCAUUCUGGAUGUACAUAAACUGAUCAGCCAUGUUACCAGCUGGUGACCAUCAGAUACUUCUCAUCUGGGCUAAGAUUCUCCGACGAAAUGUGCAUGAUCGUCAAAAGACUUAUUGUUCAAUCACUUCAUUAGACUCGUCCAAAAUUACAUAACUUUAGUUGCCUUUACUGAAGCAAAAAAAUGGCCUAACUCCAGUUGUAUCAUCAAGAGUCAUUUCAUUGCUAUUGAAAUAUUUGACACACUGCCAGUUGCAGUAUAUUUCUGUAACAGCUUGAUGAUUAUCCCUUGCCCUGUGGUUGGUUUAAACCAGUCACAACUUUUCAACCAGUUCUACCGGUACUUCUUUUCGAGUCGAAGGAAGUUGUGUACUGCUAGCUUUAUUUUUUGACAGACAACAUACUUCAUUUACUAAAUUCAAUUCUUCGAUUUUUGGUUGA